AUGACCGUAAUUCAUUUAUUUCUUUAUGUGAAAAUGUACUUCGUGGCAUUGUGCUUUCCAAUGCAGUUGGAUGUCGUUAUCACACAGGAUUUUUGUUGCUGCGGAAUUACACCUAUUGGAGCUGUAUUUCUUGUGCGACUUGAUACGAUCGAUUUUGCGGUGACGCUACCCUUCCUCUCUGAGUAUGGCGCCGCCUACGUAGAUAUUGUCGGCAGAACGGGGGAUUGUCGGAGGGAAAAUGGUGUGGUCGGGGCAUCUGCUGCGGAAUACUUGAACGGGGCGCACCAUGUUGAUUCCGUUGUUUAUGUUGGCAAUGUCAGAACCCUGUGGAUGCGAUACAGAUCCGCCACGCAGACUUUUGAACUUAGUUGCUUACUGUCUAGCCCCACCAAAAUUGCGAGUUAUCUGCUAGGUAAAGCCUGGAAUUGUACUGCUAGCCAGAAAGAAAAAGGACGGUAUUAA